AUGCCCAGCAAUGAUAAUGAAAUUUCAGAUCUUCAGACAAGAUUUCAUUUGAAAGCCAAAUUUCCACGAUGUAUCGGAGCCAUUGAUUGUACACAUGUUAAAAUAUCAUCACCAGGUGGCGAUAAUGCAGAGAAUUACAGAAACAGGAAAAACUUUUUUUCCAUUAAUGUACAAACCAUAUCGGACGAUCAAUUAAUGAUACGAGAUAUAGUUGCACGCUGGCCUGGUUCGUCACACGAUUCAACUAUAUUUUUCAAUUCUUCCAUCUAUAGACGUCUAGAAGCAAACGAAUUUGGAAAUGAGCAGAAAACUAGAAAUGUUGUUGAACGAUCCUAUGGAGUUUGGAAAAGGAGAUUUCCGGUAUUAUCAUUAGGGAUUCGUUUGGAUUUAAGCAAAGUAGAAGCAAUUAUUGUAGCAACUGCUGUAUUACAUAAUAUUGCUAUUCUACAAAAAGAAAAAAUACCAGUUACUACAAAUGAAAUUCAAGAACAAAUCAAUUUAGUAAAUUCUGUCAACAAUAAUGUGACUAACGAUAAUAUUAGAAAUAAUGCAAAUGAUAGAACAAGAAAGAAUUUGAUUAAUAGACACUUUGGUGAAAUGUGUUAA